AGGUUGUAGACGCUGCGGCCCGGCCCGGCGGGGUGAGUUGAGAAUGCGGCGCUUUGGUCGCAGCGGCGGUAUGGUCGCCGCAGUUUCUCGGUCUUCGCUUCGGCGACCUUGACCCCCUUGUGGGUGGGCGAGGCUGGAAGAGAGGCUCCCCACCCCACUCGGCUUCCUGAUCCCUGGGGGCGCCGGGCGGUCACCGAGGGCCGUGUGAGCGCCGCUCUGCCGGCUCCGGGUCCAUGCGGCUGCGGGAGAAUCCCUGGGCGUCGGGGCUGGCCUGGGAGGGGCCCGAGUCCCCUGGUGACCUGGGCGCGCGGCGGCCCCACACCUUUCCGUCCGCCUCAUCGCGGCGCAUUUCUCUUCACAUCCUCGGGGUGUGUGUGUGUUGGUGACCGGAGGAAGCCUGUCUAAUGACUUUCUGGAAGCGUCGUGUAUUAGGAGCUCCGGGGCCGGACUGCUUGGGUCCGCACUGCUUGGGUCCGCAUCUCCAUCCACCGCUUACUGGCUUUGGGACCUCUGCAAGUCACUUCACUUCUCUUUCUCAGUUUCAAGUGUAAAAUGCGGAAAAUAAUAGCAACUUACCUCCUAAGGUGGUUGUGAGGGUUGCGUGGGUUAAUAUUUGUGAAGUGCUUAGAACUGAGCGUGAUACACAGCAAAACCAUAAGUGCUGCUCAUCUUUUUGAGCUUGGUAUAUAAAAGGAGAUAGUGACCUUUUCUUCUCUUUCCAACCCCCAUAAAUAAUUGCCCAAGAGUAGGAAAAAAGGAUUUUUUUUUCUUAAGGAUAUGGGCUUUUUGCAUAGCCUGUUUAAAAACAAAGCUUUCUAAACAACUUAGUUGCACAUCCUACUUUAGAGAAAAGACAAGUGUUAAGUGAUGGUGACUUGAAAACUAUAAAGUUUAUUGUUUGGAAAACCGCAUGAGAAAAAUGGCCAGAACAUAUUUGUGCUAAAAAGAGUUAACAUAGCAGGCCUUAAGACUGCUAUCCUUAGAAAGGACUGCUUGCAAUGUUGGUGCUUGUUUGGCAUCUGGGAACUUAGAUUUUUGGGUUUGUGCUGAACAGUAUGUUUUAUGCCGAAAUUACCAGCUUCUGUAAAAAUCCGGGACACCAAGUCUUUAAUGGGCUUCCCUGCGCGGAAACUGCUGCAUUUUCACUGAUGGAGGAAAGAUGUGUUUUGUUUGACCCCUCUUGGGAGGGAGACCGCAUAAGGAGCCUACACGUGAUUCCUCCAGAGUCCGCUUGUGUCUUUUUCUAUUAUGAUGAGCCUUUAUAUCCAUACUGCAUUGUGUAAUAAAUGUCAGCCAUGAAUUCAACUAUAUGUUGAGUCCCGUGCAUCCUAUCAAAGCUCUAAAUGUGGGGGAGAUCACGGAGAUCCUCAGCCACAGUUUUGUAAAUUUGUAUAAAGUAAAUAACAGAUGCGGGUGAAAGAUCCAACUAAAGCUUUACCUGAGAAAGCCAAAAGAAGUAAAAGGCCUACUGUACCUCAUGAUGAAGACUCUUCAGAUGAUAUUUCUGUAGGUUUCACUUGCCAACAUGUAAGUCAUGCUAUCAGCGUGAAUCAUGUAAAGAGAGCAAUAGCUGAGAAUCUGUGGUCAGUUUGCUCAGAAUGUUUAAAAGAAAGAAGAUUUUAUGAUGGGCAGCUAGUACUUACUUCUGAUAUUUGGUUGUGCCUCAAGUGUGGCUUCCAGGGAUGUGGUAAAAACUCAGAAAGCCAACAUUCAUUGAAGCACUUUAAGAGUUCCAGAACAGAGCCCCAUUGUAUUAUAAUUAAUCUGAGCACAUGGAUUAUAUGGUGUUAUGAAUGUGAUGAAAAAUUAUCAACGCAUUGUAAUAAGAAGGUUUUGGCUCAGAUAGUUGAUUUUCUCCAGAAACAUGCUUCUAAAACACAAACAAGUGCAUUUUCUAGAAUCAUGAAACUUUGUGAAGAAAAAUGUGAAACAGAUGAAAUACAGAAGGGAGGAAAAUGCAGAAGUUUAUCUGUAAGAGGAAUUACAAAUUUAGGAAAUACUUGCUUUUUUAAUGCAGUCAUGCAGAACUUGGCACAGACUUAUACUCUUACUGAUCUGAUGAAUGAGAUCAAAGAAAGUAGUACAAAACUCAAGAUUUUUCCUUCCUCAGACUCUCAGCUGGACCCAUUGGUGGUGGAACUUUCAAGGCCUGGACCACUGACCUCAGCCUUGUUCCUGUUUCUUCACAGCAUGAAGGAGACUGAAAAAGGACCACUUUCUCCUAAAGUUCUUUUUAAUCAGCUUUGUCAGAAGGCACCUCGAUUUAAAGAUUUCCAGCAACAGGACAGUCAGGAGCUUCUUCAUUAUCUUCUGGAUGCAGUGAGGACAGAAGAAACAAAGCGAAUACAAGCUAGCAUUCUAAAAGCAUUUAACAACCCAACUACUAAAACUGCUGAUGAUGAAACUAGAAAAAAAGUCAAAGCAUAUGGAAAAGAAGGUGUGAAAAUGAACUUCAUAGAUCGGAUCUUUAUUGGUGAAUUAACUAGCACGGUCAUGUGUGAAGAAUGUGCAAAUAUCUCCACGGUGAAAGAUCCAUUCAUUGAUAUUUCACUUCCUAUAAUAGAAGAAAGGGUUUCAAAACCUUUACUUUGGGGAAGAAUGAAUAAAUAUAGAAGUUUACGGGAGACAGAUCAUGAUCGAUACAGUGGCAAUGUUACUAUAGAAAAUAUUCAUCAACCUAGAGCUGCCAAGAAGCAUUCUUCAUCUAAAGAUAAGAGUCAACUAAUUCAUGACCGAAAAUGUAUUAGAAAAUUGUCAUCUGGAGAAACUGUCACAUACCAGAAAAAUGAAAACCUUGAAAUGAAUGGGGAUUCUUUAAUGUUUGCCAGCCUCAUGAAUUCUGAGUCACGUCUGAAUGAAAGCCCUACUGAUGACAGUGAAAAAGAAGCCAGCCAUUCUGAAAGCAAUGUUGAUGCUGACAGUGAGCCUUCAGAAUCUGAAAGUGCUUCAAAGCAGACUGGGCUGUUCAGAUCCAGUAGUGGAUCCGGUGUGCAGCCAGAUGGACCCCUUUACCCUCUGUCAGCAGGUGAACUGCUGUACACCAAGGAGACUGACAGUGGUGAUAAGGAAAUGGCAGAAGCUAUUUCUGAACUUCGUUUGAGCAGCACUGUAACUGGAGAUCAAGAUUUUGACAGAGAAAAUCAGCCACUAAAUAUUUCAAAUAAUUUAUGUUUUUUAGAGGGGAAGCAUUUGAGGUCUCAUAGUCCCCAAAAUGCUUUUCAGACCCUUUCUCAGAGCUAUAUAACUACUUCUAAAGAAUGUUCAAUUCAGUCCUGUCUCUACCAGUUUACAUCUAUGGAAUUACUAAUGGGGAAUAAUAAGCUUCUAUGUGAGAAUUGUACUAAAAACAAACAGAAGUACCAAGAAGAAACCAGUUUUGCAGAAAAGAAAGUAGAAGGAGUUUAUACUAAUGCCAGGAAGCAAUUGCUCAUUUCUGCUGUUCCAGCUGUCCUAAUUCUCCAUCUGAAAAGAUUUCAUCAGGCUGGCUUGAGUCUUCGUAAAGUAAACAGACAUGUAGAUUUUCCACUUAUGCUCGAUUUAGCACCAUUCUGUUCUGCUACUUGUAAGAAUGCAAGUGUGGGAGAUAAAGUUCUCUACAGUCUCUAUGGCAUAGUGGAACAUAGUGGCUCGAUGAGAGAAGGCCACUACACUGCUUAUGUGAAAGUGAGAACACCCUCCAGGAAAUUAUCGGAACAUAACACUAAAAAGAAAAAUGUGCCUGGUUUGAAAGCGGCUGAUAGUGAAUCAGCAGGCCAGUGGGUCCAUGUUAGUGACACUUACGUACAGGUGGUUCCAGAAUCAAGAGCGCUUAGUGCACAAGCCUACCUUCUUUUCUAUGAAAGAGUAUUAUAACUAUUAAUGGUAAUGAUUAUUUAGGUCAUUUGUUUUUGAAUGCCACGGUGAUAACUAUAAUAUAUAAUGUGCCUUUGUAGUCUUCCCUCUUCUGUAGGAAUAGCAUGUUCCUCAAAUGGUCCUGAACUUUUUCACCAUUUUGGUGAACCCUUUUAAAGUAAAUUUACUCAAUGCUUUAAAAUUCAUAGUCUUAAAAUAAAUGUGAAUUUUGUUUCCAGGUAUUUAUUCUGGGGUACAAAAACCUCCCAGAAUUUACAGUAGGAAAGGAAACCCCUUUAUGAUGUGGCUUAUUAUUACAAGCAUUCAGAAAUGAUGCUGGCUAAGUCAAAUCAUUCCUUGAGACAGUGAUUCCUAAAUGUAAUGCCACCUUCCUGAACUCUCACAUAUUCUAUAUCAUGGUUAUUUUUAAAAAUAUAUUUUUAGCCUUUUGUAACCUUAGUCUUGUUUUGAGCAAUCAUAUUCCAUGUUUUAUGUGCUUUUAUAUUUUUAUAAUAAAUAUUAAAGUAAAACUAUUAAAAAUUGUUUAUCCACGUACCACUUAACUUAAAAUCAUCUCAGGGCCAUCUAGUGGUAUAUAUGUGUACUACCAUUUAGGAAACUGCUAUAACACAUAAUUUCAUGAAGUAACACCUAAUACGGUGUAGUUCCCUGGUCAUAUUUUAUACAAUUCAACCAUAUAAAAGGGUGUCACUGUAAUUUCAGUAGUGUGGGUUUACAAAUAAUCUGCUGGUUAGCUUAUUACCUUGAGGUUUUGAAAAACUAGAAUUAUAUUGAGGCAUUUCAUAAACAUAUCUCUUGCACCCUCUUCAUGGUGGAGUUAAGGAUAACUUGCAGGUGGUUGGCCAAGGCCCAAUAUAGAUGAUUAUAACAUUUAGAAUUGGCAAUUAGAAGUUGAUAAUCCAUAUAGGACCAUAGGAUAGCUUUGAAAUAUAAAUUACCAAAUUAUAUUUGUAAAUGAUAGAGAAUUAUAUUCUUAACAGAAAAAUAUAUACUUUUUCUACUUCUUGUAAAUACUAAACACAGUUUUGGGGUUUUGAAAUCACUUUGUCUUCAGCAAGCAUCAUUAAUAAGUUCAGGUGAAUUUAGCUUUUAAUGGGGCAUUAAGCUGGCAUUUUUUAUUUUCUUUUUAAAUAAAUAAUAGCAAAAAUAUCAUUUUCCCCUCUAGAAUACAAAUUAUUGAGCUGUCAAAACUUGGCAUGAAGAAUAUACUAUUACUUAGGCUUAAAUAUCAAAAGAUAAUGGCUACUUCAGUGUCAUAUUGUUGAAAUAGAAACAAAACUGCAUGGUUCAAGCAUCCUAAUCAUUAGUGCCAAUGAAUGAUAGUGCAGGCAAGUGCCGGGUAAAUGCCUAGUCCCACUUCAUUCUCCUCCUGGGAAGAAAGGAUAAGAAUAGUGGCUGCAGAUAAUGUAUGGAAAUAUUUAAUCAAGACUGUCUUAAACACAUAAGCAUAUAUAAUGUUAUCAAGGUCACCAGUGCUGCCUUUUGAUAUAUGGAUGAACAUAACUGUAAUUAAAGACGGUAAUAGUAUACAAAAUGCAGAGCUUAAAAAUGUCAUUGCAUAAAUUCUAUUUUUAAGAUGUUGAAAUGUUAGUAGUGUUUUUCUUGAUUUUUUAACAGUGAAAUAAUCAAGAAAUAUAUCUUUAAGUUAAUCUGCAAAGUCAGGCUGUGUUCUGUAAAAGGUAUUUCACAGCAUUUUCUGUUUAACUGUAAUCUGUCAUCAUGGAGAUCUCAGUACCAGAGCAGUGAAUUUUUUGAAAAAUAUUGACUGUCUUUAUUCAAGUCAGCCAUCUUGGUAAGAGCAGUUUUCAUCCCCCCACUGCCCAAAUGUAAAUAUAGAUCACCUAAUUUUUCUUACAGAAAGAUACUGUUAAGAGGCAUGGACUUUUCAUCGGAUGGUCACUUGUUUCUUGUUUCAAAGAUAAAUAUUUGGAUAGAUACCCAUACUUGCUAUGAGUCAGUCACAGUGCUGACACUAUUUUAACAUCAUUUAAAAUGGAAAGAUCUACAUAGAUUUUUGACAUUAUUCCAGAAGUAACAUGCAAGUAAGAUAUUUUUAUUGUCAUUUUCUUCAUGUUAAAGGAGCUACUUAUGAAAUCUAUUUUUUUAUGGCCUAGAGUUUAUGAGUGCUUUUUCCUUGUCUUCUGAAAAUGGAAUAAAUUGGAUUUUUGAUACUUAAGAAUUUCCUAAAGAUAGCUUUUGUAACAGAGAAAGCAUGUUAAAUUACACAUGGGUCUACCUUAAAAUUUUUGUUAUUGAGUAUUUCCAAAGCACAUUUGCAGGGAUAGUAAAUGUAUAUAGUAGCGAGUCUACUAUAAUAACAGUAGUUUCUGGAUCACCUCAGGAAACAGUAUAAAUAAAUAAUAAUGUUUACUUAUCAUCAACAUAACUACCAUAGUGUUUGAAUGAAUUAAAGUUUCAUUAGCUUUAUUUAGAAACUGGUUUACCCCAGCUUCCCGUUUUUUUCCAAAUAUAAAAUGAUAAAAUAUUGAUUGUGCCAAUAUUGUCAUUUAAUGUUCUUAAAACUUGUGAAGACCACCUUUUUAGUUAGCUGAGAAGAGUGAUAGUUGGUAUCAAUUUGUUAGCCAGGCAUGGUGGCUCAUGCUGUUGGGAGGCUGAGUGGGGAAGAUGCUUGAGCCCAGGAGGUCAAGGUGCAGUGAACCAUGAUCACACCACUGCAUUCCUGCAGAGUGACGGAGUGAGACCCUGUCUCAAAAAUAAAUAAAAAGAAGACAGUUGGUAUCAAUUCAAAGAAUAGUUGAUGCCUGUUCUCUUAUUUUAAAUGUACCAACAGAGCUAUUUUACUGUAUUUAAUAGUUCUUAGCUUCCAUGUGUGAUGAUUUUAAUCAGUGAUUUUAUGCAAUAGCUGAAGAAAAUUUUCUGAAGAUUAAGCUGUGAAAUGUAUCAACCCUCAUCUAAUUUUUGUAGUACAAAAUGACAUCCUGAUUCCUUUUAAAAAUUCACGUUUGUAAUUUAUUUUUCUGCAUGUAUUGAUCAAAUAAGCCUAAACCAAAUAUGUGCAAUAAAAUUGAGCCUUUAGAUAGUAUCUAGUGCAUUGUUAAAAAAGAUUAUUUCUAGAUAUUUAUGAUGUUUUUGUUUAUGUAGAAAUCAUGAAUUCAAAUCUGUUUAAAAGAAGACCAUAUUUUCAAUUUUGAGUAAUACAUAUUAUUCCUACUGUUUUUUUUUUCUUUUGCCAUGUUUCUAGAAAACAGCUGUGUAACUUAUUGAGCGUUAUUUUGGUGUUACUGUAUAAAACAUGCAUAAUAAAUAUUCUUAUUUAUCUCAUGUUACAAGAUUGGUCCUGGAAUUUUCACAGUUUACGUUAUUGACAGAAUGUUUUAUCAACAAUGCAUUUGCUUAUGUCUUAGUCCACUCAGGCUGCUAUAAUAAAAUACCAUAAACUA